UAUGGACAACGAAUAAUUGGAAAAUCUCAACCAAAUCAUUAAUAUAGAAAACAAUAGGUUAUCCCCUUUAAUUAUUAUACUAUUAGGUUGUAAAAGUAAUAGAACUCUACUGUUUGGACUUCAUAAAUAUGUACCAUCAUUUUCUAAGCAAUAUACGGAUUAUUAUUUUAUUUGUUUUCAACCACUCCUGGAUAUUAUGGUAAUAAUUAUUUGAUUUUUAGGUGAUGAGAAUAGUUGCAUUUAGUUGAAAAAAUUUUCUUAUAUUUUAGGUGUUGCUACUUUGUUACUUGUUUUAAUUCAUACGUAUAAGAAUAUAUAUAUUAUAGUCUAUUGUUAAUUUAUUCUUGCAGCACUAAUAGCACUAGUUUUCUUUUGUCAGCAGAGGGAGUAAUGAACACAGUUUAUGGAAUAUUUUCUUUUGUAAUUUGGAUAAUGUUAUGGGUAAAGGAUUAAUAAUAAAAAAGAUUGCUUUGGCACAAAAAGAGGAAUGUGGAAGUUUGAAUACAUUGGUGUGGGUUUUCACAAUUUUAAUAAUUCUUGGAUUUUUAUUGAGUUGCUGUUUAGUAUGCCUUGCAGCAGUAGCAUCAAGCCAAAAAUGAUGAGAAAACAUUUGUACAAUCAAUAAAAUAUCAAGAUUUUGGUUUGGUCUUCUCUUUAUUAGAAGAACUUUUAUAUAUAAUAUAUCUUGCUUAUCGUUUUUAAUUAAAUAUUAUUUAAAAUGGAUUCUAAAACAAGAUAAUAAGCUGCCUGGUUAACUCUAAUAUCAUCUGCAAUUAUUGGAGGAUCAUUUUAUUAUUUUUCAUCUCAAGAAGAAUUAUAUGGUAAAAUAAAUUAUAUGAAAAUAUUAAAUAGAAAGUGAAGAUUGUUUUAAAUUGAGAAAUUAUACACAUAACUAUUCGAUUUUUUGCAUUACUUUUGCUAUAUUUAUAAUGUUAAUUUUCAAAUGAAUUUUUUUAUAGUUUAAUAUGGAUGAUAUCAAGAUUGAUAAAAGAUGAAGGAUGUAAUUCAGGUAUUGAUUGCAUAUAGCUACUCUCUGGAAUAGUUGGAGUUAUUUUUAUUAUAUUGUUUGCGGUAAUUAUUUUAUUAUUUAAAUUUAAAGUAUGCUCUUUACUUAUAAGAACCAUGUGGAAACUUAAGAACAUUCACAGUUAUAUAUCUAAUAAUUAUAUCAAUUUUAUUUUGUUGUGGAUGUUGUGGAAUGUGUUGUGCUUUGA